CUCGGUCACAUACCUCAGAAGAACAGAGUGGCAUUUUUCACUUCACCGAUCAAAAGUGGCUCCAAAGAAGCAGUAAUCCAUCCCAAGCUGAGAGCUGUGCACCAUUGAGACAGGAGCUCAGAGCCACUUAUUCACCAGACAUCGGUGCAGAAGGAAUGUGGUUGUGGUGGUGAAAAUAAAGGCAGUGGAUGUGAAGACAUCUGUCUGGUUUGGAUCGAUCACCUGCAGCAGAUUAUUAUUUAACUGAAUCCAGCAUAGACAAGCAAAGAAGCAACAACUUCUUCACAGCUAUGUUAAAGUACCCAACUUUGGCUGCAUGGCUGGUGUACUGGCUGUGUCAUAGUUAUUCUGUUAAAGCCAAUGUGAUCUGCGAUGAGACCAAAAUGACAGUAGCAAUUGAGAAAUCUUCAUACCCUCGCCUCAGUUUGAAUCAUUUGCGGCUCAGUAACCCCACCAAUGGUGCCUGCAGCGUCCGCUCCAACAGCACUCACAUCUAUUCUGUUGUACCCCUCAACGAGUGUGGCACUCAGAUUGAGGAAAAUGAUGAAAACCUAAUUUUCAAGAAUGAAAUCACCAUAGAGGACAACACAGGAGACCUGAUCACCAGGAAAUGUCUGUUUGAGCUGAAGUUCUACUGCCAGUACCCCAAACGAGGAAAUGUGACACUGGGUUUCUCAGUACAUAGAAAGAGUGUCACAGUGACCCAGUCAGGCUUUGGCACAUUCACCUACAAGUUUGAAUUCUAUUCUAACAAAAACUUCAAAAGCCCAAUUGAGCUACCGUCAUACAUUCUUGAGUGUACCAUCGGGACCAGGAUUUACAUGCAGAUAGAGGCCACCUCCUCAUUCAAAGACGCCAAGUUGUUUGUGGAGUCCUGCAAAGCUGCACCAGUUGACAACCCAAAUUACGAGCAAACUUACUCCAUCAUUGAUAAUGGGUGUAAUGUGGACCCGACCUUAGAAAUCCAUCCUGCCGCCCAUGACAGACAAUUCCGGUUCAGCAUGGAGGCCUUCAAGUUCAUCGGCCUGUAUGACCAGGUGUACGUCACCUGUUCAGUCAUGAUUUGUGAAGCACAGAGGUCUGACACCAGGUGUGCAAAGGGUUGCAUCAACUCGAGAUCAUGGCCAAGUGAUCAGCCCCAUCAACGGAGAAAGAGAGAGGCUACGUCUGUCACUCAGAGUUUACGGCACAAUAUUUCCCAGGGUCCUCUGCGCUUAAAGAGGUCAGCAGAGAGCUCUGUAAACCCAGGGAUCAACUUGAACCUGAACUUGGUAUUCAUUGCUGGAUGUCUUCUUGCAGCUGUUGGCAUGAUCAGUGCAACAAUCGUGUACAAAGCCAAAUUGUCAAGUGUUAGAUACCAACCAUUGCCCAAAUAUGAAAGUUAAGGCAACUGCAUGCAGAAUACCUAUUCAUUAUUAAUAACAUUUAAAGCUUUUUGAUUAGUUUUGCUAUCAUAUAUUGACCAUGUAUCCAAUUAUGCGCCCAUUUAAAUCAAUGCAUUUAUUUAAACACCUUUAGAAAUGUCUAUAGCUAUAUAAGAGAAAAUACUUCAGAGAGGGAGUAUCUGUGCCUGGGCAAAAAGGUAACCAGAAAAGAAAGUUUUACAUUAAUUAACACUGAGAGGAUGAUCAACCAGAACUGCACAGGAUUAUUAUCAUAAACUAAAACUGACACUAAAACAAAAAUGAGCAGUGAACAAUAUUGCUGUAAACUUAAAGUAAAUAAAAUUGAUAUCUUUAAGAAAAACUGAAACUAACCUGAAACAAUGUUGCCUGCCAAGACAAGGAGAGCACACAAAUUUCUGUCUACUCUCUUUUCAUUAUACCACAGACAUGGAGUAGACUUGACAUGCUAUGCUGCAGUUGCUUCACAAUUAAUCCCUAUUUGCAGCUUAGUCUUGUAGAAUUUGAUAACAAGAACAUGGUUUAGGAUGAAAUAUUGUAGAGAAUCAAACUCAGGACUAAUGUUAUCCAGCUGGGGUCAGGAUGACAUUGCAGGUGACAGGUUUUCUUCUGUGGUAGUGAAAGAGUACUCAAGUUGAUUUAUAAAUCAAAAGAUUUAAACAUUAUGUUAAUAAUGCUAUAAAUCCCAUUUUAACACAGUUCUCCAACCAUGUAUUUUGUAUAUACAUACUGCUACACACUCCGAAAACUAACUAAAACUAAACAAAAAUGAAAAAAGUCAAAACUGAAAUAAAAUAAAUACUAAUUGAACAUUUAAUUCUAUCAUAACAGUGGUUCUGCAGCUGCUGGGUGAUUAUUCUUUUGAGUUGUUUACUAUUGUUUACUGUGGGAUUCCUAGUUUUACAUAUGCUUCUACUAUUAUGUAUUACGGUAUGAUUUCAAACAAGUAUCUUGAUCUAUACGUGUACUCCUACCCAAUCAUAAUCACUCAUGUCAGAUAUUACAUGACUAAAGCCCAGUAUGGCUGGAACAGUGUUAGGUAUGACACUUGUUUACAGUUUUUCUCAAUUGUUUACACGCAAUUUUGAAAACAGGGCUCCUUUUUUCAAAAUAUUCACACAAUUAUCCGAACACCACACUCAAUUUGCAUAACUCCUAGAUUGUUUGCAAAAUGACACACUUCAGUCAAAACAUAUACACAUUUAUAAAAAUGCUGUUUUGUUUUCAUCUCACUAACAGUCUUCAAAUGAUCAGACACUAUUGCAGUCAGUUACAUACUACAGUGAUCAAUACAAAAUACAUUUGUAAAAACCCCUGUUUUAGGAAAUAUCUGGUCUAGUGCUAGACUUUUUUGCCAGACAUUUUUAUGUAAGGGAUCAUUUAGAUGACAAAAAGAUAUUGUCAAACCCACAUCAUUCAUCAUAAUUACUUUGAGGUAUACAGAGAAAGGACACAAAUACAACAAACAAACACAACACUGAUUGCAGACUGAAAAUUUUUACCAUACUCAGUUACAGAUCAACAAUGAAAAUCAGAACAAAAUAGUAGUUUUUCUUACUACUGUAAAGUGUAGACAAAUAAAAAUCUGUAGACAAAUAGAAAUUACUGCAUGAAGUACCUACACUUACAGCAACUCUGAAGAAAAACUGAAGUAGCAGCAGCAGCAACAACACACUAUCUCUCCAUCUGGCUGGAUCAGGCCAUAGGAUUUCAUCCACAUCACAGGCUAUGUCUUCAUUGGCAAGGCACCGUUGGAAGAAUCGCCUUGUGUGACGAAUCCACCCCUGCACAGAAGCUGCUUGGAUAAGAUCACAGGCCUGCUCCAUGGCCUGAAUGAGGGGCAAACGGUCAUAGGGCCAAAAGGUCAUAUACCUUCCACCGCCAUGCAGAAAAAAAAACUCCUCUAUUGGGUUUAGGAAGGGGGAUUUAGGAAGGGGGAGUAUGGUGGAAGGUAUAAGACUGCAAAUUCAGGGUGCUCAUGGAACCAAUUGUGGACCAGAUCGAUGGAAAGAUACAUUGUCCCAAACGACAAUGUACUGCAUGUGGUCCACUUGGUUUAAUGCUGUGACAAUGUCGUGUAAUCUGUCAAGAAAUGCAAGUAUUAGAUUGGUGUUAUAGGGUCCCAGAUUUGCAUGGCGGUGGAGGACCCCAUUUUGGGUAAUGGCAGCGCAAAGGGUGAUGUUACCCCCUCACUGCCCUGGCACAUUGGUAAUUGCCCUGUGUCCAAUUACAUUUCUCCCUCUUCUAGUUUUCGCAAGGUUAAAUCCAGCCUCAUCAACAUAUAUAAAUUCAUGUUGGAUCUCUUCAGCAUCCAUUUGCAAGACUCUCUGAAACACAGUAAAAGACAAUAGGACGCCGUUCAAUAUCUAGCACAGUAAUUUUUCAUGCAAAAAGGUUGUGUGCAGUGCACAAUACCACACCAUAGUAAGGUGAACAAUACAUACCUCCACAUACUCAUUAUGCAGACGUUUCACUCUCUCUGAAUUCCUGUCAAAUGGUACUCGAUACAGUUGCUUCAUGUGUCCUUGAUUUAUUUUGAGGAUUCGACCCAAUGUUGACAGAGACUUCAUGGAUGUUAUUGAAAAUAUUGUGAUCAUUGAUGACAUUGGCUUGGAUUUCUCUCAGCCUGAUACAAUUGUUGGCCAAAACCAUGUUUACAAUGGCUGUCUCUUGUGCCCGAGUGAACAUGGGGCGCCUUCAACCUUGGUGUCCUCGACCCUCAAUCCUAUGUAGACAAAAAACACGUCACAGGAAAGGAUAUCAAAAGUGAUGACAAGUACAGUAAGCUGCAGUUUCAAUGUACUGUGCGGUUAGUUUACCUGUUUUCUCGACGAAAUGUACGAAUUACUGUCGCUACAGUAUUCCUGCUGAGAUUUGGCUGGACUCUUAGUCCAGCUUUUUGUUGAAGACAGGUGAACUCACCUGCUGCCUUUUAUAGCACCUACCUGAGUGCUGCAUUUUCAAUUAAGCACCUGUGUGCUUUCACACCAGGUGGAUGUGAUUAUCCAAUUCGUUCAUUAGUGUGGUCGUUGGCAAGCCGGGGCUUUGUAAUGGGAAGGAAGUAACCUCACAAUCCUUAUGUGUCUAAGGUGUGAUAAUGUGUGCAGAGUUUUGCAAAUCACUAUGUGUAAUGUUUUGCAAAAAGUAUGAAGCUGAGUCUGUGCUUAUUGUUGUGCAACUAUGGACAGGUGUUUUGCUUCUUGAGUGUAAAGAGCUGUUAACUGUGUGAAAAUUUUCAUU